UAUGCAUUGUAACUAUUGUUGUGGCAAACAAUGCACUGAUAGUGUGUUUGUUGUGUUUGUGUAGAGAUGUGUUGACUAUGUGUUGAUUUAGUAGUGAUUGAGCAGUGAUUGGAUUGAAUGACUUGUCGUCCACUCUAUAUGUCCUCCAAAUGAUUGAAUCCGUAAAAUGAGAUGAAAUUGAAUGAAAUACUCCUUUCAAUCGUCACAUCAUUGGUGUUAUUGGUGUUGAAUGGAUGCGAUUCAGUGAUCAACGUCUCGGACAGUGAUGUGUCAAAUGUGGCCCAAUCUGUGGCCCAACACAACCACAUCACUGCCACCGAUCGCAACCAACACUUCCACUUCUGCGGUGAACCACCAGUUGUGGUGAACGCCGUCUCAAAUCUGAUGCGAAACCAGAAACACAAUGUGUUUAAAGUGGGAGAGAUUGCCAUCUAUUCAUGUGAUGUCGGAUACGAGAAGGUCUCCGGCAAUGAAGAGACACAAUGCGUGGUCACCGAUGGACCCAAUGGUGUGAUGAGCUCUCGUUGGCAACCAAUUGAUCUCAUGUGUCAACCUGUCAAGUGUUCAGAUCCGGGACAUGUGGACGACGCCACCCGAAGAGUCACCGCUCACUUCCUUUACAACACUAAUGUUGUCUAUGAAUGUAAAGAUGGCUUUCGUAUGAUUGGUGUGCCGUUUAUGACGUGUAAGGCUGACGGCCACUGGAAUCGACCAAAACCUAACUGUCAGAAGAAAAGGUGUCCUGAAGUGGAAAGUGUUGCGAACGGACGCAUUGUUUACAGCGAUGUGGAGAGAAAGACGGACAGUAAGCUCGAGUACGUGUGUCAGCCCGGCUUCAAACUGAACGCAUUGAACGCAAUCAGGUAUUGCAGACAAGACGACUCUUGGAGUGAUUUACAACACAUGAACGAGACAUCCCUCGAGUGUCUUGUGGUGAAGUGCGAGUCACCGAUCCGUCCGCACACUGGUCUCCGAAUCCUUCCGUCGCGAUCCAAAAGUGGCAACUCUUAUAAACCCGGAGAUGUAAUCAUAUUCUCGUGCGAUACGAGUCCCAAAACCAAGGCUUCUUCUAAAUGCUUGACAGAUGGCCAGUGGUCUCGAGGACCGCCUCAUUGUCCCGAGAAAACCAACUAUUGUCCAACAAUUGGUGACUUUGUUCACGGCUUUUACAACUCGAGUACCAAUUUAUCGAAAUCCAUAUCAAUUAAAGUCAACACAAGAAUCGCCUUUUAUUGUGAUGACAGCUAUAUAUUAGAGGGCUCUCCAAGUAUGACAUGUCUCUCAAAUGGUGUGUGGAAUACAAGUGUCCCAAAGUGUGCCUUCAAUGAAGCGGUUCGUCAGUCCCAGAGCUCUCAACUCACAAUUUUGAUCACUUCGAUCGCAGCACUGGUUGUGAUAGUAUUUGUGAUCAGUUGUGUUGUGGUGUGUCGUUGGCGCCAACAACAGGUGCAACGGCGCCGUUGGCAGCAAUACUUCGGUCAUUACAAUCACAGGCAAAGCAAAACCAAUAUAAUGCUCAAUCAAAACGAAAUGAAGUGCUUCCGACAAACUCCGCCCAAACCUACGGUUCCCGUCACUGAUUUAUGACUUGAAUUCCACUAUUUUACACACUUUACUCCACUUUACUCGACCAUACUUUUCAUAAGA